AUGGUGCGCGCUCUGUCUACUAAUUACGAGGACUUCGCCGGCGCCUCGCGGCCCUUCCGAGCCCACGCAGAGCUCGACGACCUCGAGGUUGAGGGCGAGAUCCCACUGGAGCUCUGCGGCACCUUCUAUCGUGUUUCCCAUGAUCCGUAUUAUGAGCGAGACUACUACGAGGGCGGUGCAAAGACCACAUCGUUCGAUGCCGACGGUAGUAUCAGUGCAUUUCGAAUUGAAGACGGAAAGGCCUCGUUCAAGCAGCGAUAUGUCUUGACAGAGCGGUUCCUGGCCGAGCGCAAGGCUGGCCGAGCCAUGUUUGGGGUUAUGACAAGCCCCUUUUCCCAUCACCCUUGCGUGAGGUCCAUGGAGGACAAUGUGGCCAACACCAAUAUCAUUGUCCAUGCAGGGAAACUGCUGGCCUUGGGGGAGCUGGGCGCGCCGUAUGAGCUGGACCCAAAUACCAUGGCCACCGUCGGCCACAACCCUUUCCCUGGUCAGAUCCCGGUCAAUGGGCCCUACACGGCGCACCCCAAGGUUGAUCCUGACACGGGUGAGCUCGUCGGCUUUGGCUACGGACUCAAGGGAGCCGAAAGCAAUGACUGUACUGUUUGGAUCCUUGACAGGAAUGGGAAGAAGACAUUUGAACGACCGUUUGAAAGAGUCAUCACUGGGUUCAUCCACGACUGCGCGAUUACCAGAAACUACAUUGUGUUGCAGCAGAUGCCCUUCCGCACGAGCUUUGAGCAGCUGAAGACCAAGGAUGGUCACCUCUGGACCUACGACGAGGGCCUGCCGACGUACUUUUACAUUGUGCCCAGGGACAUGGACAAGCCCGUACGGACUUUCCACUGGAAGAACUCGAUGCCGAUUCAUACUGGCGCAUGUUGGGAAGAGGGACGAAACAUCAUUUUCGACACAACAGUUGCAUCAAGCAACACGUUCCCCUUUCUGCGUAAAAGCUCUGCAUCAACUGGCGAGCCAAAGCCGGUUACGGUCAACUAUGUCAGAUUCUCCAUUGACCCUAAUGCUGUCUCGGAAGAAGUUGCAGACCCAGAGAUUCUGGUCGACCUCCCUUGUGAAUUCCCCCGCAUAGACGAGCGAUUCUUGACCAAACGAUCCCGCUAUACUUUCCUCGAUUGCUUCAACCCCGAGUCCAUGGUCGACCCGGCUCUGGUUUUCCGUGGGCUUAACUGCCUUGGCCGAUUCGACUCCGAAACAAGGAAGCUAGAGAUCAUGUCGCCAGGGCCAGGCGUACUGGUGCAAGAGCCAUGCUUCAGCCCACGGUAUCCGGAGGCACCCGAAGGAGACGGUUUCCUGAUCACCAUGAUCGACAAUGUUCCGAAACUGAGGAACGAAGUGAUCAUUCAAGACACCAAGGACUUUCAGAACAUCGUCGCCAGGAUCGUGCUACCCUUCCGUGCGUCAUCUCCUUGA